AUGACAACCACAGUGGGUAGCAGUGGUCAGGGGGUAGUGGUGGAAGGCGGGUGGCAGCGGCGACAGGUGGUGGUAGUUAGCGUAGAAAACGGUGGUGGGUGGCGGCGGUGGUGGGCAGCGGUGGUCGGUGGUGGUGGCAGGCGGUGGCCGAGGUCGGUGGUGGCGGUGGCCGAUGGUGGCGCCGAUGUUCGGUGGCGGAGAGUGACAAAGGCGGUGGGUGGCGGUGGCUGGUGGAGCGACGCGGGGUGGCGGUUGUUGGCGGUAGGUGUUAGUGGUGGUGGCGGUGGUCGGCAUGGCGCCGGUGCUCGGUGGCGGAGGGUGACGACGGGGGUGGUCGGGCUGCGACCCGGGAUAGCGGUUGUCGGCGGCGGGUGUUAG